CUCGCGGCCACCUCACCUGCGUUUUCCGCAGCGCACACAGCGCAUCGUUGCAAACGCAAGCAACCGCAAGCGCGCUUCAUCGCUGCCAUCCACCUCCUAGCGAAGAAGUGCACUUAUCCAAUCAAUAGGCUGCACACACUGUAGCACGAUGCAAAGCGCUGCCACAGUCCUCGCAGCUUUCGCGCUAGCCGCCACCGCGCUCACGCCGCCGCAGCGAGCGCUGAGACGACAGACGCGCCUGCACGCGCGCACGGCCGAGGGCAUGGCGCCCGGCUGGAAGGCGACGACGGACGAGACGGGCGCCUACGAGCUGAUCCCCGCGUCGUACGAGUACCAGUACCAGGAGAUCUUCGUCGAGAUCCCGCGGACGGCCGAGUCGCCGGGCUUAGGCGUGCUCCUGGAGCAGUUCGGAACUUUGGAUGCCGCGAACGGCGGCCUGACGCUAGUCGCAGGCCUCGUCGAGGGCGGCAACGCUGCGAACGCGGGCGUCGAUUUAUUGCCUGGUGACUCUAUUGUGAAGGCCGGAACUACGCGAGUAGAAUGCCUCGACUACGACGCGACGGUGGACGCGCUGAUGGCGCUGCCGCCGGCGCCGGCCCCUGCUGGUUUGAUGGUGAAGCGGCUCGUGAAGGUGCCCUUCGUGAAUAUGAGAGUCAUGUUCCCGCGCGAGGAAAACCGCAAAGACGUCACUUUUAAAAUGAGACGCGGUGCGUCGCUGCGCGCUGAAUUAUUACGGAAUAGGGUGGAGAUGCCGACGUGCUGCGAGGACAUGAACUGCUUGUGCAACUGCGCCGUGCAGGUGCGCAAGGGCGCCGCGGUCCUCGAGCCGCCGUCGACGCAGGAAGCGCAGAUGAUCAAGAAGGAGCCCUACUGGCGCCUGACCUGCCGGGCCUGUGUCUCGAGAGACGCGGAGGACGGCUCGGAGCUCGUCAUUCGCAUGCGGCCCGACCUCGAGAACGUGAUGCGACGAAAAAACCCCUUCGGCAUGGAGACGACCUUUAAGUUCUAAAAGUA